AUGCGCAGCUGCCCGCAGCUGACCGCGAAGGCGAAGGCGAUGCAGGAGGCGAGCAGCAACGGGCUCUACACCGACGAGACGGAGAGGGAGCAGGUCAACCUGCAGACGGGCGAGGUCUUCUUCGACAACAAGCCGCCCCUGCCGGUGCCGAAUGAGCUCGUGAUGACGGACGGGUUUCAGCAAGUGUUCGACAAACUGCGGCCCCAGUGCACGGUCGUGGAGGAUUCGUCCAACAGGGUUUGGUACCAGAUUGCGGACAACACCGAGGGCAGGAUGUCGACGUACAUGGUCCGGAAGUGGAAUUCGACAGCUUCUUGCUACAAGGAGGGGGACGAUCCUACUGACCCUGGACAUGGAGAGAUGAAGGAGAACCCCAAGAGGAAGGACCACAUGCCAUGGGGGCCUGUGGAGCUCACCAAGUAUACAUUCAGUUUGGUCGCAACGCAGGGGUGGCCUGGUUAUCCACAGCUGGUGGAAGGCACAAAGCUAAGAUAUUUGGACACAACAUACACACGCAUGCAGGAGACACAUCUCAAAGAAGCAGCUGUGAAAGACCGCGUAAUGGCCCGCAUCUUCCAGAUAAUCCGAUGGACGCACCCUAGGGAUAGAGAAGGCAAGCGCAUCAAGAACCUUCAAAAACUCAUCUUCAAAGAGCCGAUUGAGAGGAAUCCACGAUAUCUGAUGUAUAUCCGCCCUGCAGAUGGUGCUCAGGGGCAGUUUGUCCAAGUUGUGUAUUUUGAAACUCUCGAUGUCAUCAAGUUUUUUGGCAUUUCUGAUUCUGGGCGACGAGGUAUCCGCAGGCUAAUUUGUACGAGCAACUUCAGGUUAUCAUUGCACUCGCCGUCCCCACGUGACCCAGAAAACGCACCACCGUCAUAUCCUCGGAAUACCGACGGCGGUAUGCCCUUCUUCAUGGGAAGCCCUUUCAUGAAUCUGUACAACGCGCAGAACAUGCUGAUGCCCCCCGAGGAGUCGGUUGUCAUCGAGCGGUCGAUCUUGCAGUCGAAUCAAGUGCUUGAGGAGGGUCUGCGCGAGCAAGCUGGCAAGCUUGGCCAAGAUCAGGCUGCUCUCCCUGUGGGCCUGCUUCCACUGAAGCCGUUUGCCACGCGAGGCUACGAAGGAGAGGACUCACAGCCCGAAAGCAAGGAGGUCGAGAUCUUCUGCCAGCGCGACCUGGUGGGAAGCAUCCCUGGCUGCCUGCUCGACGGGUACGAUUUCUGGCGCCGGGGGGCCGAUGCCAUCAUGGGGUACCCCAAGAAGACUGUGUUGUCCUCGUAUAGUCACGCCGCCGUGCCCUGGUGGAUGGGCUCCGCCAUUAUCAUGCACAUGGGGGGCAUGGCGCAUGAUGGUGAGUUAGGCGACACAGUGUCACACAUGGAGGCAAAAACAGAGAUUUAUCGAGUGCCCUGGAGACAUGUGGAGGACCCCGACGGCUGCGCUGGGCUGCAGGCCGCCUCGAAGCCACUAGUUCUUCUGAACCUGAUGGACCCGCCGAAGGGCUCGUUGCUGGAGAGCGUUGCAAGGCUGCUGGCAAGGAUCGAACUGCUGAGCAAUGUCUUGGUUUGGUCUUCCACGGUGAACGUUAAGAGUCCUGACGACUCUCGCGAGAUCAGCUUCAUCCAGCUCCCCCGCUUGAACUUGAAUUUCACGCUCAAAAUGGUGGAAGGCGAGCCACGGCUUGAGUGUGUGCAGCGGUCGGGAAUGUACAUCAAGGCAAGGCUAUCCCAGGACUCCUCGCUAAACAAGAUGGGAAUACUCAGACACUGGUGGCCGUACAUCCUGCUGGAGAGCAGCAGCGGGAAGACCGACGUAUUGAUGGCAAAUUAUAGAUGGCAGAGGAUUCCGCUGCCGGGCAAUCCCAUGAGCACGCGCUGUCAGCCGAUCGACGACAAGAAGUGGGGGUCU